GAGCUGUUUUCUAUCUCUCUUGGAUCUUCUUGGUUUCUGAAAGUUCUCCAAGAUUUUCCGUUUUGCUUUCCUUGCUUCAAAUACACGUUAUUGAUCAAAAAUAUUUUCGUAGCCUUGAAAAAGCUGCGAUUGUAUGUAGCCCUUCCAGUUCCGCAUACUCUAUAAAGCUCUAUUUACUCUCGAGCUCAACUCGUUGAGUGAACAGCAUUCUAGUUUGAAGCUCUUAGGGUGUUCCUUUCUAUCUUUUUUUUCGAUAUUUUGUUUCAUCAUACACAAGAAGAUGGUGGAUGAUGGUGUUAUAAUAGUGGUGAGAGAAUUUGAUGCCAAGAAAGACUGUAGAGGAGUGGAAGAAGUAGAGAGAAGGUGUGUGGUUGGAACAAGUGGCAAACUCUCUCUCUACACUGACCUUUUGGGUGAUCCUAUUUGCAGGGUUCGCCACUCUCCUGCUUAUCUUAUGCUGGUAGCUGAGAUGGUGUUGGUUAAACAAGAUAGAGAAGAGAGAGAAAUAGUAGGGGUGAUAAGGGGUUGCAUCAAAACCGUUACGUGUGGGAAGAAACUCUCCAGAAACUUAAAAAAUGGGAACGAUCCCUCCAAACCUCAUCUGCUUCCCGUCCACACCAAACUUGCCUAUAUCUUAGGCCUUCGCGUCUCUCCUUCUCACCGGCGAAUGGGACUAGGGUUGAAGCUGGUGCGUAAAAUGGAGGCGUGGUUCGGAGAAAACGGAGCUGAAUAUUCGUACAUGGCAACUGAAAGCGACAACCAAGCUUCCAUUAAGCUUUUCACCCAGAAAUGCGGCUAUACCAAGUUCCGCACACCCUCUAUCCUGGUACACCCUGUGUUCGCUCACCGAGUCCGAGUCACCAAGCGAGUAACCAUCAUCAAACUCACUCCCUCCGACGCCGAGUCUCUCUGUCGCCGUCGCUUCUGCACCACCGAGUUCUUUCCCAAAGACAUUAACUCAGUUUUGAACAACAAGCUCAAUCUGGGUACUUUCGUUGCCGUUCCUACUGGUUCUUAUAGCGACGAGUCCUGGCCGGGUUCUGACUCGUUCUUGGAUGACCCACCUGAGUCAUGGGCUGUACUCAGUGUCUGGAACUGCAAGGACGUGUAUACACUCGAGGUUCAAGGCGCGUCGCUAGUGAAGAAAGUAUUUGCCAAAACGACUCGUUUAGUGGAUCGGGCUUUUCCAUGGCUACAUUUACCGUCCGUUCCUGAUGUGUUUAGGCCUUUUGGGCUUCAUUUUCUCUAUGGGCUUGGGGGCGAGGGCCCAUUUUCUGUGAAGUUUUUGAAGGCCUUGUGUGGAAUGGCCCACAACCUGGCUAAAGAGUGUGGUUGUGGGGUGGUGGCGACGGAGGUGGCUAAUCGAGAGCCGCUCAGGUUAGGAAUUCCACACUGGAAAAGACUAUCAUGCGCGGAGGACUUAUGGUGCAUGAAACGGCUUGGGGAAGACUACAGUGACGGAGCUGUGGGUGACUGGACCAAAUCACCGGCUGGAGCGUCCAUUUUUGUUGAUCCCAGAGAGCUUUGAUAUGCAAUGUAGUCUCUUUUGGAAGUUAGAAAAAGAAAAGGGUGUUUUUGUUGUAUUUUUUUGUUGGUUAAAUUUUGCCAUAGAGUUUUAAUAUUUUGUGACGAUUUCGAGGUGAUAUAAGAUGGCGAUGGUGGUCGCGAUAGCGGUGGC